AACUUAAACAACUACAUAGUGUGUUAUAAAAGAUAAAGAAAAAGAGAGAGAGAAAAUGAGUGAAAAAGCUUCAUCCUCCAAAACAAGCACCAACAAAGGUGCUAGUACCAUGACAGGGAAGACAUUCUCCGGAGUAGGAAACCUCGUUAAGCUUCUUCCUACCGGCACGGUCUUCUUGUUCCAGUAUCUCAGUCCAGUUGUAACCAACAAUGGACACUGCAGCACCAUCAACAAAUACCUAAGUGGUAUUCUCCUCGUCAUUUGUGGUUUCAACUGUGCUUUUACUUCCUUCACUGACAGUUACACCGGAAGCGAUGGCCAGAGACACUAUGGUAUUGUUACCAUGAAUGGUCUCUGGCCAUCUCCGGGAUCAGAUUCAGUUGAUUUGUCGGCAUAUAAGCUUAGAUUUGGAGACUUUGUCCAUGCUUUCUUGUCGGUGAUUGUGUUCGCGGUGCUGGGACUGCUUGACACUAAUGUUGUGCAUUGCUUUUACCCGAAAUUUGAGUCGUCUGAGAAGAUUCUCAUGCAGGUGUUACCACCGGUUAUUGGGGUGGUUUCUGGUGCGGUGUUCAUGAUUUUUCCGAGUUAUCGACAUGGAAUUGGAUACCCUACUAGUUCUGAUACUAAUGAUACCUCAGAAAAGACUACAUAGGAUCCCUUGUGCAUGUUUGGAUAUCCUACAAGCUUGUUCUCUACAAUUCGUUCAUAGUUUUCUUUUUGUUGUAUUGGUUGUAUGUUUGUUUGGGUUUAUUUUAUUUUUUUAAGAAUUGUUUGGGUGUGUAUUAUAAACAUCAAGUGUCAAUUUGGAAUUAUCGGUCAUGUAAUCAAUCAAAACAAUGAGUCAAUGAGUUAGAAGUUACAACAAUUAGCUGUUAAAAAAAAAAAAGUUACAACAGUCAACGAGUCCCUUGUGAAAUUUAUUAUUGGGUGAAGAAGCAAAUUAAUUAUUGGAACAGUA